UUUGUCUCGCGUCUGUUCCUUAGUUAAAAGGUUGCAACUGCGAUCUCCGGCCCGGAUACUGGUUUCUGCUCUCCAAAGCUCCUUUGUCAGGGAGAAGGGAUGCUGCUGGCCGGAAGUUUUCGCGGCUGGAGACUUUGAAAGGCCCUGGCGCUGCGUGCCGGAUGAAAUCACAAAGAAAGGUUACCUGUGGCUCUUCCUCCUGUCUCUGAAGGUUAUUCUCACAGACAUUACAUUGUCUCGUACUGCUUGUCUGUGGUCUGGCAGCCUGCUGGGUAACGAUGGAGAUAUUUUGGUCUACUAUUAGUCCCCACAGAGCACUGCACAAUCUUGCCUCUGAAUAUGAUCUUUGAGAGGAAAAGUUUUCUUCCCCUCCUACUGUGUACAUAUACGAAGAGGUGUAUGGCUAGGAUGUCCUCCUAGGUGUUGAGAAGCCUAAAAAUGUUCUUCCAGUCGGAGAUUUUGCCUAGAUGGGAAUUGUGUCUUUACUUGUUUCUUUCUUUUGGCUCUCAUUUUUAUUCUUUCUAUGAAGUCUUCCAAGCUUCUCAAGAAUACGAAGAAGAACUUGAUAGAAAAUUUGAACUGGAGAAAAAUACCCUGGGGUGGAGGAAGGAUCCAGUUGAUUUUGAAUGGAGUUUCUGGAUGGAAUGGGGCAAAGGAUAUAUACUGUGGCUUCUUUUUGGCCACCUGGUGGUAUCAUUGGUAUCCAGCAUUUAUAUGGAAAAGUACAAACCUUGGUUUCUGAUGGUGUAUGGAAUUGCUGCCUGUUGGUUUCUCCUGGGGUCCAAAGGACUGACUAUGAUUUUUCUGCAUGUCAGUAUCUCAUAUUUAGUAGCCCAGUUGAAAAAUCCAGUGCUUACAUGGUUGACUUCUUUGCUUCUGUUAUCAACUCUGCAUCUAUCCGUCAUAGAAGAAGUGAAGAGAGGCUGGUAUGCCAGUGAAAAUGAGUAUUAUCUACUAGUUUUCACCCUGAUUGUGCGCUGUCUCUAUUAUACAAGCUUCAGUCUGGAAUAUUGUUGGGAUAGGACUACUGACAUGAUACAGCAUUCAUUCCUUUGGAUGUUGUCAUAUACAUUCUACUAUCCUGUGUUUCACAAUGGACCUGUUAUCACCUUUGAUGAAUUUUAUACACAGAUGAGCAAACAACAAUCCUGCAAUUGGAAGUCCAAUCUAUCUAUUUUCAUCUGGGGAGCUGUUCGUAUUUUGAUUUGGUGGUGCUUGGCAGAAUUGAUGAUUCAUUUUAUGUAUAUGCAUGCUAUCUACAGUAGCAUUUCACACCUGGAAGCAGUAACUUACUGGACGUUAGGUGGCCUUGCACUGGCCCAGGUCCUAUUUUUUUAUGUGAAAUACCUUGUACUUUUUGGUGUUCCAGCACUUGUUGUUCGCAUGGAUGGACUCAAGCCUCCCGAUUUACCUCGUUGUGUAAGCACCAUGUACAGUUUUUCUGGAAUGUGGAGAAGUUUUGAUGUUGGAUUGCAUAGGUUCCUUAUCAGGUAUAUUUAUGUCCCAAUGGGAGGAUCUCACUGCAGCAUAUUUAAGAUGCUGUUUUCGACUGCCAUCACAUUUGCUUUUGUAAGUUAUUGGCAUGGAAGCCAUAGCUAUCUUUGGUCCUGGGCUGUGCUUAAUUGGCUUGGAGUAACAGCUGAAAAUGGAGUGAAGAGGAUUGUUUCUUUUCCAAUUGUCCAUAAUUUUAUUAACCGGGUUUUAUCCCCAAGAGGGAUUCGUCGAUUCCAUGCAGCAAUGGCAGCUGUAUCCACCACAUUCUUGAUUUUUUCCAACCUCAUCUUUCUUGGUGGAAAUGAUGUUGGCAGAAUUUAUUGGAACAAGAUCUUCAAAGAAGGUUGGCCCUGGGCAACAUUGUCUGUUGUUGGAAUCUUGUAUUGUUACUCUAAUGUUGGGAUUGAGUGGCAACACACACAUGUCAAAGUUAACAAUCCUGUCCUUAAAAGAAAGGAUAGUGGAAUUUUGACACGGACGUUCAUUUCUUCAUCAACACAACAACAUUUCAGUUUUUCAGGAGAAUCAAUGUCUGGUCGUGUAUGAAUUCCACAACAAGUAAAACCAGGCAACAUAAAAUAAAGACAUUCUGAUUUUUUAAAAACGUUGUAAUAUUUGAUUUUAUAUCAAUUCUCUAAAGUAUAAGUAGUUUUAUAUAUAUUUGUUUCCAAAGUUUCUAUAAGGAAAUUGUGUUUGUAACAAAGUCAUGUGUAUUUGGGAAACUAUUGUAAUUUAGUCACAAUGAUGAAAAAUAAUAGCAAUGAAUCUGUAACAUUUGUCUUCCCCCUUUUAGAAGAGUCCCAUAAAUAACUUCGAAGUAAGAACUUUUAAUGAAAUCUAAAAUUGCAUGCAAUAAUAGUUUCCUUUACUGGCUCCCCAUCUACCAGUUGGGUGGUUUCCUCAAUCCUUCAAUAAAAUAAAAUAAAAUAUUGAAGAUAUAGGAGACUUUAGAAGAGAGAACACAGCCACUUGUCCUCUCUCUGCCCCACAAAAAUCUUGUGCUGAUAAAAAUUCCAGCAGUAAAAAUAUUCCAUUGAACCUCACUUUUUGUUCUAGAAAUGUUGGAAAUAACGUGUUCAAAUCUAGUUACCUUUGUCAAGUCACAAUUUUACAAAUGCUUUUAAGAUACUGGAUGUAUUUGCAUUAAAAAAAAAACCUCUUUGGUUACCUGUUCAUUCAUGUUGCAAGUAUAUGUGUGAAUGAAUGAUUUUGUAGUUGACAAUCAACCCAAAAUAUGAUUGGAACUAAGGAUAAUAAGAAGGGGAAAAUAUACAUAACAGGUUAUUAAUCAAAAAUAAUAGUUUGUUAAAGAUUAUUUGAAAACAAGUCAAUGACUUCUGUAAAGCAUAAACAAGCAGUCUUUUUUCCAUGGAACAAAAUUAUCAAACCUUCCGAGUUCAGUAUUCUGGCCUAGCAGAAUCUCAGGACAGCCCUGUCCUCUGAAAGAGAAAUUGAUUUAUUUAUUAAAUUUAAGCAUUGCCCAUCUCAUUAGACAGAAUGACUCCAGGUGUCCAAAAUGACUCAGUUUUGUUCUUUUUAUAUGUGAAUCUCCUUUCCUCACAUAACAGUGUAAUUAUACUGUAUACCCAAGAAGGUGAGUGAUAUCGUCAUUCUUUAACGAAAAAUAUUAAUGCUAUUUCUAGAAGUAAUACAUUGAGCCUAUUCAGGCCUAUUCACAUUAGAGGAAUAAAUCAGUGCCACCAUCACGGUUGGAAAGGUAAAGGCUCAUUAUAUACACCUUUUGGAUUCAAAUAUGGAUAUAGUCAUCAGUUUGGCAAUAGGUCUUCAAUAAACAAUAAUAUUUCCUUGACACAGUUCUUUGAAAGGAUUUGCUUAUAUUUCUGUUAAUGAUAGCCCACACAUUCAUAGCCAAUGCCAUACCUCUUUCUGAAGGAGAGAUUUCUGCCAAAACAGAAAAAGAGCAAGUAUGAAAAUUCUAUAGAUUCCAACUCCAGCUUAGGAAGAAGCCGUUUCAUUCAGUACAGUGAAAUAUUACAGGUGGACCCUUAAAAUGUUUUACAGAUGUUUGGUUCCUAUAUAUAGUAUAUUUAGUAUAGAAAUUUGAAUAAUAAAUAAAUAAACAAAGCUAUGAAACAUCAGGAAUGUUGUUUUUAAACAGUCAUUUUCACAAUAGAUGGUAAUGAAAUAGGAAAUAGAAUAUUAGAAGUUUUAAAAAAUGUGCAAUUGACUGCAAUCAUAUACAACAAUAAUAUUUUUUCAAGGUUCAGGGUUGAGCAGUGAGUAGAUGCCCACUGUUAAUAGAUGUCAGUUAGCUCCUUUUGCUAAUAGGAGUGGAUGAACAAACCACAGAAGCUCCUUCCAUAGUUUCUUUAUUGUGACUUCUAAAUCUGAUUUCUGUCAUAUUCCAGUCCAACCAACCAUAGCGGUGCACUUCAUUCUCACAAAAAACUGUAUGUGUGACAUCAGUGUGCUUCCAUGUUUCUAUAUUCCUGAAGUAGUUCUCAUCCAAAAAUAAUGGAACCAACUGAAAAUUAAUUAGAAGGCAGAGCUUAGAAACCUGUUCCGGAGAGAAAGUCCUAAAUCUUACUACAGAUGAGCUGUAGGCAGCAUUUGCUACAAUAAUUCUAAAUCCUGGUAGGUGCAUUGAGGAAUUAGGAUCUUUCUUGAUGAGAAAGAUCUAUGUAUAUUACAUCAAGACAAAAUGGGGCUAAGACAGAAUGUUUGUUUCAAAGUUUAUUUCAUAUUCUGCUAUGCAUAGUAAAUUUUACUUCCCAAUUUCUGCUCAAAAUGUUUUUCAGCCCUACGGAUUCUUUCCAUCAGUUACAAUAUCCUAAUGGUGCUUUGUGAGGAGACAAUACACCAGCCUAUGACAAAUAUCAUUCUGUAACAACUAUAUCAUAUUGGUACAAUUAAAUUAAUUAACGCUUUCAUGAAACUGUCCUCAAUUACAGAUGUGUGUCAGGCUUUACUCCCAGAUCACUUUCACCUUGGAUAAUUAAAAUCCACUUAGUUUGACUAAUCUGCUUAAAACAGCUCAAAGGGAAAAAAAGCAUAUAAUCUUUAAAAGUCCUUGAAAUACUAAUAAUAGCAUUAAAAACAUUUUCCCCCUCGCUGUAUUUCCAUUUAUAUACAUCCUGAUUUUUUCCCCGGUCUGUUUUGCCCUUUAGGUCACUUGAUUCUGGAUAAAUAGAAAAAUGUUCAAAAAAUGGUUUGUGCAUGGCCUCAUAUUUAUCAUUUCAAUUUCAGCCAGUCUGGCUAAAAAGUCUGUAGUAUCUGAUAAUGGAUUUUGUAACUGCCUAGCACUGAAAUAUUUUGUAUUAAA